AUGACCCCCCAGAGAGCCCUGUCACCCCUCACCCUCCUGUUCGCUUCCCUCCUGUGUUACGGAUUCGUGUUGGUGUGGACACAGAAUGUGGCCCUUGACACUACGACAACCUUCGAGGAUCUUAGCACACCGUUUUCACCCGUCGGGGUCAAGAUACUGACUGGAGGGAACUUUUCAGUGUCUGUGGCCCCGUGGGAGAGUACCACGGAGCCGCCUGUUGUCAGUACUCAGAGCAGCCUUGCUAUACACAACACUACUACAUUAAUAUCGAAGGACAGCGUCACCGUCCCGACGCCAAUGACGAUGGAGAGUCUUUCCACUGAGGUGACCACGCGUGGCACAGAGACCACCACAGAAGAUGGGCUUCUCAGCCCCCCUAUAGGCAGCACUAGGGCUCCAAUGGGCGCAACUGCCACUGAGUUAGAAAUGUCAUCUUCUUCAAGUGAAAACGGCAGCAAAGUAUCAACUGGGACCACCACGACCGGCGGCACCACAGACACCGCUGCAGCCAGUACUGCUGUCCGUGUAACCAGAAAUGUAUCUGCCCCACUGGGGGCCAUGGAGACGACCUCCACCGGCGGAAAGCUGACAUGGAGAGUGAAGCUGCAGAGCAAUCUGUCCCGGGAAGACGCCGUCCGCGCAUUCUACGAGAAGCUCUGCAGUGUGAUCAUCCAGAACCUUCCUGUGAAGGGCAUCUCCAUCUCGCGGGGCCCGGGGCUCCGGCCCCUGCAGUGCACAUAA